AUGAAGCGCGAAGGUCGCUGGGCAAACCAAAAGGCACUCAUCGGACGUAUCGCCAAAAUCACCACCAAGAUCCUCCCCGACGGCGAAGGUGUUGCUUUGCGCUUCAUCAACCAGGAUAUCGACAACUCGUCCAACCUUAGUUUCGACCAAAUCAGCAGCAUAAUCCAGCCUAUGAGCUGGCAGCCUGAUGGUGAUACGGAUAUCGGCACCAACCUGAAGCGCAAGAUCCUCGAGCCGCUCGUGUACGCCAAGAUCGCCAACAAGACUUUUGACCGACCUCUCCUCGUGUCUAUCAGCACUGAUGGUAUGCCCGAGCCGGAGAACAAGCAGGAGCUUGCCAAUGCGAUUAUAGAGUGUGGUGACAGGCUGGAGGCUGCUAACUUGCUUCGUGGAAGUGUGAAAUUCAUGAUUGGUCAGGUCGGAACAGCCAGCUCUGCCGAGCAGUUCCUCGACAGUCUUCGAGAGAACCAGUCCAUCAAGAAUGUGACUUUCGUGACUUCAGAGAAACUAGACGAGAAAUUCUCCGAGUUCAACGAGAACGAGGGCAAGCUCGAUCGCUGGUUGAUUGAGACUCUCUUUACGCCCCUCGCGGAUGCCGACACUGGCAAGUAA